UAAAUUUCACCGUCUUUUCUCGGCAUUUAAUAGUUUCAAGUUCUUCGGCAAUUAUUCCUCAAUAUUUUUAGGUGACUUCUGGGGAAAAAAAAAAAAACUACAUAACAUGUCAAUGUCCUCAGCCCGUGGAAACUUUUAAAAAAGUUUAGCAUCGGCAAAGAAUCUAAGAUCCAUUUCACUGUUUGUUUCAAUGCAGAAUGGACGAACGGCAACCAGAUGAAUCUUCGCCUACAAUAUUAUCAGCAUUUAUCUCUUAUGGUCCCGUCACUCAAGUAGAGAUGUUUCCAAUUCGUGCCAGAUUUGAAACUGUAACUCAGGAAGAUAGGCGAACAGAGGAAAGAGUGGUAGGAUUUCAGAUGCUGGUGCCAUAUUCACCAGGGAAAUUUACCAAACCGAAGAUGACUGCUUCCCAAGACACUAUCCAUACAAAUCGUCGAAAAAGGAAGAAAAAUGGCUCGAAAAUUCGUAGAAAAACACAACCGUUGGCUAUCAAACAGAAUGACAGAAAGACGAAGAAAAGUAAGAAAAAUAACGUCACUCGUGUUUGUUGUCGAAUCUGUUGGGACACAGCUACAGAACUGAAAAAACAAGGUAUUUCCAUGCACGUGACAAUAUGUGGUCAUGUCUUAUGUGCGCUCUGCUUGCUAAAAGUCGGACGCACCUGCCCCUGCUGCCGAACAGAAAUCACAUAUCCUGUGAGACCUCUGUAUCUUGAAUAAAAAUUAGUUUCUCUUUUAA